AAUAUAUUUUGUCAAAAUUAUACAAGUUAGAAAUAAGUGAAAGAUAACGUCGGGUCAUUCAUAACCAUAAAAUAAAAAGAUCUGGAGGGCCGGAUAGAAUUAGCUGGAGGGCCGGAUCCGGCCCCCGGGCCUUGACUUUGACACAUUUGAUUCUAAAAUGUUAAUAAAAUAUUUAAAAAUAACAGUUUAGUUACAGUAUAACAACAUACCUGUGUGAGUGUUUUUCCUAUUUAAUAUAUUAUAUUAUUUUAUAUUAUUUUUGUCAUGUAAGUCUUUAUGUUAUGUAAUUAAACUGCUUCUACAGGAUCAGUUCCAAAUAAAAUAGUUUUUAGGAUAAACUCACUGAUAAAUGUCAACAUCACCCAGCUUAAAUGUGUCCUUGCUUCCAGCAUGAGGCAGGAUUGUAGCAAAUCUGAAUAAAUAAAUCAAACUGCUAUUGUUGAUAUUUCAGUCAUGAUGCUACACGUAUGAAGACACCACAUCCCCGCCCGGGGUCCGUGUCCCGGUUGGACCGCGGCCCUGCGAGAGGCCGGGGGAUCUGGACGGGGAGGAGACUGCAGAUGUGGGGAGGAUCGAUGUGGAGCAGUUGGUUCCUCCUGCGUUCAGAGAACACAUCAGAGCCGGCACAGCUCGGAGAUAAUUCAAUCAGAGGUCUUGAGACCCGUUUUUCAGUGUUUUGGCGUCAGACGACCUCCCAGAGACCAUGAGAGCCCUGCUGCUCAUCUGCAUGCCAGUUCUGCUGCUCGCUCAGGAACAGUACCCGGACCCGUUUACCUAUCCCGACUCCUACGAUGAUUACUUGCCAGCUCCCCUUCCUGGAACGUAUCAGGAGCAGGUUCAGCUCGACCCCCUGGUGCGUCCAGAAAAACCCGAGUCCGAGUUUGAGACGGAGCCCACGGAGCCUGGUCCUCUUGACUGCAGGGAGGAGCAGUACCCCUGCACCAGGCUCUACUCGGUCCACAAGCCCUGCAAGCAGUGUCUCAACAGCCUCUGCUUCUACAGCGUGAGGCGGAUGUACGUCAUCAACAAGGAGAUCUGUGUGCGGACCGUCUGCGCGCACGAGGAGCUUCUCAGAGCGGACCUGUGUCGUGACCAGUUCUCCCGCUGUGGCGUGAUGGCGCUCAGCGGCCAGUGCGCAUCGCUGGCAGGAAGCUGUGGAAAGAGCUGCGGUGGAUGCUGAUGAUCAGGAACGCCACCCGCCCGGAUGCUGCCGUUCCUCCUCCUCCUCCUCCUCCUCCUCCUCCUCCUCCUGCAUUCUCCUCUCUGAGCUUCUCCUGUACGAAAAGCAGCUUGAAAACUUUUAACGCUCUCUGUCCGUCUGCCCAGUAAAUCCUGUCUGUACGGAUGAACAUCCUCAACACUGAUGCUCUGGUGCUAUGAAAACUCUCAGAGGUGCACAAUAAACCGAUUUUUUUACUUUAAAUAUUAUAUUUUGCAUAAUGUGACAUCAGUAUCUCACAUUUUUUUGUACUGUAGUUUCAUUAAAUAAGCAUCAAUCCAGACAACAGUAAUCCAUAUGUAGUGAUGACGUGUCUUUGUGUUGAGUAUCUUGAGUGUGAAGAAGCAGAUGGUGAGUGACCUCAGUUUUUGCUACUGCUUUGUGAAACUGACUCAAUAAACACUGAGGAUAAACAACGUUUUUAGAGUUUUUUUGGUCUAUGAUGCAUUAAAAAUAAACUCCAGGAGUUUUUCUGCACACAGAUACUUUAUUCUCCAGCAAACGCGUCGUCACUGCUGUUGUCAGUCUGUCAGUGUGAAACUAAGAAAAUAUCAUCUAGUAAAAAAAAUAGCCAAAAAAAAAAAA